AGAUCUUUUGCUGGAACUAAAGAAGGCCUUAGCACACUUAAUUUGUGGAUGCUGGACUCCUUGGGCAAAGAUGGGACCCAACUCUUGCGUCAUUGUGUUCGUAUACUAGUAAAGGUCUCAACUGAUUUGCUUGCAGUCCGACUGUCAGGUAUCGGGAAAACUGUAAAAGAAAAAGUCUGUGUGCAUACUAGCCGUGACAUACGUGCCAUAGCAAGUCAGCUUGUCAAUGUGUGGAUAGAAAUUUUUCGAAAGGAGAAGGCUGCUAAUGGUGGUCUGAAAUUAUUAAGGCAAUCCACUGCUGCUGAUACUUCAAAGAGUAAACACACUGGAGCAUCUGGAAAACCACCAAUUCGCAAUGCCAACAACAAGAAGCUGAAUGUCAAGCUAGCCACGUUGGAAACUAUUCCAGAUGUUGAACCAUCAACCUCUCAAGCUUCAGUAGGAAGGCAAAAUGAUACCACUGAGGAAAGGCAAGAUUUUCCCAUGUCUGAGGAUGAAAAGGCUGCAUUCGCCGCUGCAGAAGCUGCUCGUGUUGCUGCUCUUGCAGCUGCUGAGGCUUAUGCUUCAUCUGGUGCUAAGUGUAACAUGCCUCUGCAGCUUCCUAAGAUACCCUCAUUUCACAAAUUUGCUAGACGGGAACAAUAUGCAAAUGAUGAGUCUGACAUCAGAAGGAAUUGGCCUGGUGGUGCAGUAGGAAGGCAAGAUUGCUUAUCUGAAAUAGACUCCCGCAACUGCCGAGUGAGGGAUUGGUCUGUUGAUUUUUCUGCUGCUGGUGUGAACCUUGACAGUUCAAGAAUGUCUGUUGAUAAUCGCUCGCAGCGUAGCCUCUCAAAUGACAAUGCAUGUCAGUUUAAUUUUAGGGAGCACUCAGGCGAAAGUGCACCUGUAGAUAGUAGUAUAUUCACCAAAGCGUGGGUUGAUAGCUCAAGUAGUAUAGGGAUAAAGGAUUACAAUGCCAUUGAAAUGUGGCAAUGUCAAGCAGCUGCUGCUAAUUCUGAUUUCUAUGAUCCAGUGAUGCAUGUCACUGAUGAAGAGGAUUCAAACAUGAGUUCCAAAAUGCUUAUGAGGAAGCAUGAUGUGUUAGUGUGUGAGAGCUCCGCUUCACAAAUUACUGUAAAUAAAGAGAUGUUGCAUGAUCAGCCGAAAGGAGCAGAAAGAAUCAAGCAGGCUGUUGUAGAUUAUGUUGGAUCUUUGCUGAUGCCUCUUUAUAAAGCACGGAAACUCGAUAAGGAAGGGUAUAAAUCAAUAAUGAAGAAAACUGCUACAAAGGUAAUGGAACAUGCCACUGAUGCUGAAAAGUCAAUGCUGGUGUACGAAUUUCUUGAUUCCAAACGUAAAAACAAGAUUAGAGAUUUCGUAGACAAGUUGAUAGAAAGGUAUAUGCUGAUGAAGCCGGGUGCAAAAUCAUAAUGGAACCACGGAUGAAUAAUCAUCCUUAUUGAUGCUUUGCCACAGGGUGAUUAGUCUGAUCUAUUUGUUCACUAGUGGAUACAACAAUCAUUGGCGAGUGAGGAAUGUCUUCCUCAUUAAAAAAUGAUCCUCGCUAAGCUAGUUCUCUAUAGAGCUGCAGGCAUGAAAGACAAGACCGUUUUGUUGAGCAUCUUGUGGAUCUGUUUAUAGUCAGAGACUGAUCAAUUGUCCUGCCAUAAAUUUGGCACUUUUGAUAUUUCUGUAGCAGGGUGCCUGCAAGAAAAACAUUCUCAAGGUGGAAAAGUCGGUUGAAAAGAAAUUUUUUUGCCAUGUGAAUGUUAUACUUCUACUCCUGCUGAUAGACGUGAAUUCCUUCGGAGAUAACAAGAUUAGGUUUACAAUUGGUAGUCAGAUUUGAAGCUGUAUUAUUUAGGGAAAAAGUAGCCCUUUCUUUCUUUCAGUUCAGGGUUCUCUUUUGAAUCACUUCUGACUUUUCUUUAGUUUUGGUAUGUGUACAGCUUAGGAUUGUUAUUGUUGCAACAAAUAUACAUAACAUUUUGAGGCAUCAUAUCCUUACUUCAUUUUGAAAUCUUGAUUUUUUCUGAGAAUAAGUAAAACAAAACUCUCUAUCUUCCCUCCCUUAAAGAAAUUUAUUUACUGAAGAUGAUUUUUUUUUCUUUGAUAAGUUUGAAGAUGAAAUCUCUUAGUGAUCCUAUAUCAAUUUCUUGCUCUGAUCUGUGGAACUGCUCCAUGGAAUCAAAAGAACAUUUUAUGCUGUGUGCUUUUGGCAAUUUUCUCCAAGUGGCUUGAUCUUGGUUCAUGAUGUUUCCUAGUUCCUACGCGUUAUUCAGUGAAGAAGGCAAAAAGAAGAGAACAAGGGGAGUACACAAGUGAGUUUUCUAUAUCCUGUUUCCGUUUCCUCUCCUUGCCCCCUAGUGGGAUGAAUGAUCUUUAUUCGCUCCAAAGGUGAGUGCUGGAACUUCGGGGAUUUACAUGCCAUUUUGUUAUUGAAAGUGAGGUGAUUGUUUCCCCAUGUACUCAUUUUCUUUCAACGGAAAUGUUAUGUUAUUUAAAUGCACCUUAUGUUAUUCAAAUGCACUUUCAUUCUUCAUUAGAAGUUUGCAUUUGAUAAAGAGAUGCAUGCUGGCAUUUUAUGCAUAUUUGCGGUUGUAGUCUUUUGAUUUCUCACAUGCGCUAUCUGAUCUUAUACUUUUUCCUUUAUUGUCAGGUUAUGCAUGUAGCUGAGAGAAUACUUGACAGGAGGAGAGUCUUCUCUUUGGACUUGCCUUUUCCAGUCCUUAUCUGUUGCUUUUUUUUAAUUUAUUAUUAUUAUUAUUAUUAUUAUUAUUAAAAUUAUUAUUUCUUCGAGUCUUUGGGUCCAUUGGGAUCAUUAUACGUUCCAGAUCUAUUAUUUUUGAGGGCCUUCUACAUUUUUGGUAUUGUCAAUUAGAAAUUGUGUUUAUUUCUCCUCCUAUUGUGUCACUCUCUGUCUCUCUGUAAGAUUUUGAGUAGAUUGCCUAUCCAUCAGGCAAGAAGUAUAUCCUCGGAUUGGGUUGGUGAAUUUGAUCAUAUACACUUUCGCAGAAGCAUAUCACUUAUCAUAUUGAACAUCUUGGAAUGAAAUACUGGCCGUACAUAAAGAUGAAAAUGUCAGCUCUACGCUGUUCACUGGAGAAUGCUGUUGAUUGUACUAUCAUUGAGACGGAGGAAGAGGUUCAUAAUUGGAUUGCUAGCAUCCAAUCUUUUGCCAAAUGUCCAAGGCCCCCUUUUGAGAUUACUUGGUAUCAAGUCUUCGGAUGUUCAUGUGAGGCCAAUGGUCAUUGUUCAUUAUACGCUUUACUGCAAAUUGUCAUGGACUAUAUGGUCUUUUAGUUGGCCAAUCUAUCUGUUAUUUGCAGAGGUAACUCUUUCCACUUCCAUCAUUUACUGGCCAAUUGUAGUGGACUUUAUGGUUUUUUAUUUUGCUAUUCUUUCUGUUAUUUGCAAAGGUAACUAUUUCUGCUUCCAUUAUUUAGUUCAAAGUCAGAUUUUUCUUGUACUAGUGUGAAAGUCUAAUCAUUAAAGCUUAUUAUUUAGUUCAAAGUCAGAUUUUUCUUGUACUAGUGUGAAAGUCUAAUCAUUAAAGCUUAUUAUUUAGUUCAAAGUCAGAUUUUUCUUGUACUAGUGUGAAAGUCUAAUUAUUAAAGCUUUUCCAUAAUUUUCUGAGCAUGUAGUAGCUCGUUUCUCAAAUACUCCUGUAUAUGUCCAAUGUAUGGUUGUGUACUCGUGCUUAUUUUUGCCCAAGGGAACACUGCAGUUAAUAACUUUUACCUCCUAUAUUUGUCGUCUUACUCAAUCAAAUGAGAAGUGCACAUAAGAUAUUCUGGCAAAUUGAUUUCCUAGUUCCUUUGUCUAGCUGUUGUUGUUGAUUACCAGCACUUAAUUGCUAGUUAAGAUUUUUGUUACAAGAUAAUCGAUGAGAAGAAACUUCAUACUAAUUUCAGCUGUAUGGAUUCAUUGUUUCAGUAGACUCUACUUGUUAUAUGGUAUUAUCUCCCUUUCUCCCUGAGAUUUUUUUGCAUCUGUGACGUCUGUUUAUUCUUGAUGCAUUGAUGCACUAUAGAAAUUUUAUUUUAUUUUGACAGCAUGCAUUAACCAUGCGAUAAUGUGUAUCGAUGUUGAAGAUCAGAGCAGAGGAAGAAAUCGCUUCUGUUGAGGCUUAAACGUGGUUACUGAAGUUGAGGCGAGAUUUCUUUUUGUAAAUAGUUUUACUUCGAUAUUCAGAUUUUUCUCUUUAAAUUCUUCCGAUAACUUCAGUUUUUCAAUUUUGCUUCUUUCACCAGUGGUUUUGUUUUCAAGUUAGGUUAGCUCCAUGGCACAUUCCAAUAUAUAUAGCUUCCGGAACGUAGAGGGAUGUUUUCUGUAUGUUCUCUUGGAUUUCAAUUUGUUCUUCUUCCUCCUUGAAUCAGA